AUGAGGAACACCGAUUCGUUGUUAUAUAGUACUGCCUGUCUUCUGGCCUCCCGAUAUGUGCCAGGCAUACCACCACCGAUUGUCCAUACCAUGAACCUCCAAGUUCGACAUAAGGCAGUCAAUCUGCUGUGGGAGAAACCGCCUUUGAAAUACGAAUCGCUCCAGGCACUCGCCCUUCUUUGUUUAUGGCCAGCGGCGGGUCAGAAGGAGUUCCCCAUAGAUGGCUGGUUACUGAGCGGGACUGCAAUCAAUCAUGCCCUCGUCUCCUUUGACUUCCUCAAUCAUGUGCCUUCAGAGCUUCUCAUUGAUAACGAUAUCGCCGCUCAAUUGCGGCUCUGGAACGCUUUCUGUUUAACACAGUUACAUUUCGCUGUUGGCAACGCACGUCCAUUCCAUUUACCACAGAGAUAUCUCGAUUAUUGCCCACGACUUCUUGAGCACCCCGCUGCAACAGUUGAGGAUGGCAAGGUCGUAGCAGAGAUCCAGUUGUACUUGAUCACAUUGCGACUCCAAGCCAACGAGCAACGUAUGCGAUUCGCGGAGGUUGAAUACGAAGAGAUUGAACGAUGGAAAGUUGAAUGGGCCCAUCUUCUUGUCUCUGGUUCUGUCAAAUCCUCCUGCAUCGGACAGCAAUGA